UUUAUUUCAAAAGUUCCAAGGACACAAAAUGCUUUUUCUUAUUUUCUUUCUAUUCAGAGCUUCGCAUUACUGUGCUUUAUGCCACAGCAGUCAGGAUGAGGAAGGGCUGUUCGAUGUCCCUUGUAAAUGUGAUGAUCAUGGAAUGCAACAGCCGAAUGUUAAGGCCCAGGAUUUUAAAAGGACCUCACGCUGUGCUUCUGAUGCUGGACCUGCAAGAACUUUACUGACAAAGUUGAGAAUUGUGUUGGCUCCUCAGAGAAAGAUUUUGAUGAUUUCUUACUGGAUCAUCAUCAUCGGACCACUCGACUACCUGAGGAAAGAAUGGGUGGAGCUACGGGGAAUCCCAGAAAUUUAUUUUUUCGAGGGUUAUCCGUGGGCCAAAGAAGUCCUACAGGUUGUGAAACUGGCCUCUUGCCAGAUGUGCGUCCUCCUCAAUGCCAAACCAGAGAAACCGGACCCAAGAUUCGAUUUCGCAUUCGAAAUGCUGAAGACGAUUUCGAGUCGGUUAGUCCGCACCAGGAACCUGGCGGCUAUGAUGUAUGACCCAGUGGACGGACAAUGCAACUUCAGUCAGAGGCUUCCUGUUCUAGUUAGCCGUAUUACUGAUGAGCCGGAGACACCAGUCAGUGACAUCCUUGCAGUGGCGGUAGGACAGACAAUUCCUCCUGCACUCUGUCACUCCUUUGCAUAUUUGAACUAUGGCAGGUCAGAUGUCCUCAGUUUCGCAUGCACACUCAUGCAAGGCGGACUAUCGCCCAAAUCCCUUGUGGAACAAGGUUAUGAUGAGGUUCAAGUACGACUACUAGAUCCUGUAGAUCUAAAGGAGGAGGCAAUCAACUGCAUAGGAACAUAUGAAGAAGUCUUCUGCAGUACCCUGCAUAGCAACAUGCUAUGCCUUGGACUCUACAGGCAAGUCAACUUAAGUGUUUCUGCUGCAAUUUAUGAUAUAUGA